AAAAGUAGGACAGACAGCAGGUUGCGCUGAGUCUUUUCCGCAGCCCUUGGUUUGAAGACUCCUACGGCAUCGUAUCUUGCACUUACCUUCCGCUGUCCAAUCCCUUUCUUUUCCCCUGAUUGCAAUAUAGUUUGUAUAAAAUAAUGUCUGCCACAACUGAUGCUAAGCUCAACGAAGAGAAGAACGAGGUGGUUCUGGAAGACGACUUGGAUAAAUCAAAUCUCGAGCAAGCGGAGCCAGUCGACAGUCAAGAUGACCCAGAGCACCACAAGACGGAGAGGAGUUUUGUCAGGAAGUUAGCUUUGACUCUUAUGCCCAUGGUGUGGGUGUUAUAUUUGUUUAAUUAUUUGGAUCGGAAUAACAUCGCUCAAGCGAAGCUGAAUACCUUCGAGAAGGAUUUAGGGCUGGAGGGAAGUGAGUUCAACACAGCUGUGUCGAUCUUGAAUGUUGGGUAA